AUGAAAAUAACGGACAAGCUGUUGGCUGCAGAAAGGGAAGACAGGCUUUGGUGGAGUUUUGAAUUCUUCCCGCCAAGAACUGCUCAGGGAAUGACAAAUCUCGUUGAUCGUAUCGAAAGAAUGAGACGCUUGGGUCCUGAAUUUAUCGACAUCACUUGGCACUCUGGCGGCAGAACUGCUGAAUUGACUACUGAACUCGUCAAGACUUGCCAGGCUUCAAUCGGCGUUGAGACUUGCAUGCAUUUGACCUGUACUGGCAUGCCUCGUGAAAAGGUCAUUAAUGCUUUAGAGGAAGCCAAGAAGAAUGGCUGCACGAACGUCCUUGCUUUGCGUGGUGAUCCUCCCAGAGGUCAGACUGAAUGGUAUCCUCACCCAAAUGGCUUCACUUACGCGGUUGAUUUGGUCAAGCACAUCAAAAGUGUCUACGGUGACUACUUCGAAGUUGCCGUCGCUGGUUUCCCUGAAGGAAACCUCCAAUACAAACACUCAUCAGACAAAGCCCUUGAAAUGCAAUACUUAAAGGAAAAGGUCGAAGCAGGUGCUGAUCUUAUAAUGACUCAAAUGUUCUACGAUGUUGAUAACUUUAUCGAUUGGUGCAAACAAGUUCGCAAAGCUGGCAUCACCGUCCCAAUCGUUCCCGGCAUCAUGCCGAUCCAAACUUGGAACGGUUUCCAAAAAGCUGUACAAAUGGCUCAGGCUAACGUUCCUGAAUCAUGGAUGCAACAACUCGAAGCAGUCAAAGAGGAUGAUGCAUCAGUCAGAAAAGUUGGUACUAAGCUCGUUUCUCAAAUGUGCAAACAGAUACUAGACGCCAAUAUCGGUAUCAGAGGGCUUCAUUUAUAUACUAUGAACCUUGAACGUGGCCCUAAAAUGAUUUUACAAGAGUUGAAUCUCAUCCCACAAACUCAAAUACUCAAUCCCCUUCCAUGGAGACCAUCACUCACGCCUAUGAGACGCACAGAAAACAUCAGACCAAUAUUUUGGGCGAAUCGUCAGAAAUCAUACUUGUCGCGCACGGAAAUGUGGGAUGAGUUUCCAAAUGGUAGAUGGGGUGACUCACGCUCUCCUGCAUACGGUGAAUUAGACGGUUGGGGUCCAACAAUCAACCUUAAGGCUGAGGAAGCUCUUGAAAUCUGGGGUGAACCAUCAAAGUACGAUGACAUUUGCAGUUUAUUCUCCCGUUUCUGCUUGAAUGACUUAAAAGCUUUACCAUGGUCUGAUCAACCGCCAGCUCGUGAAACUAGCGUCAUUGAUAGACAACUCGCAAAAAUGAAUGAUAUAGGCUUCUUUACGAUUAAUUCUCAACCUGCAGUCAACGGUGCUCGCUCAGAUGAUAAAGUGCACGGUUGGGGUCCUAAAGGCGGAUACGUAUACCAAAAAGCUUAUCUGGAGUUUUUUGUGUCUCCAGACAAUCUAGACAAAUUAAUCAGUCGUAUAGAAUUGAAUCCGAUGAUGACAUAUUACGCAGUCAAUAAGCGCGGUGAUUUGAGAACAAACACUCACUCAGAAGGCCCUAAUGCAGUCACGUGGGGUGUCUUCCCUGGCAGUGAAAUAGUCCAACCCACAAUCGUCGAAGCAGUCAGUUUCAUGGCAUGGAAAGACGAAGCAUAUGAAUUGGGCUAUCAGUGGAGCGAUAUGUACAAGUACGGAUCGGCAAGUCAACAAAUCAUCAGACAGAUCAUGGACACGCAUUUCCUGGUGAACGUCGUCCACAAUGACUUCAAGAAUGGUCAAGACAUAUUCAAACCUUUUAUCAAUGAAUUCGAUAAAAAGACAGUGCUUAACGAUACCACAAAGAAUUAG